AUCACAACACCUCAGCAAACAGCCUUGCAUCCAAAACCUCAUCAAACUACUUCAACCUUUUUCUCCUUCACAACCAAUUUGUCUGUUCUCGACUGACAAAUCCCUCGACACUUUCCCAACACACUUUCCCACAACACACGCCACAAAAUCUAUAUGCCUCUCUUCGCCGACAGCAUGUCGUCCUCUCAGGAUUCUUUUUCCAUCUCUCACUCGCCACCACCACCAUCAGACCUUGGUUCCUACAUGCGCUCCAUGCACCAGCACACCAAGAGACAAAUUGAAGCCAUGUCGCGCUCUCAAGAGCGCCGAUCACGCAACACGGGCUCUCGCGGAACCCCAUCAAUGCCCAACGGUGUGGGUCACUCGAGUUCCUCCAACACGGACGAGUACCUGCACUCUUGAACUCAAUCAGCCCACCAAGUGUAUCAAACAAAUCAUUUAUUUGUUACGGCUUCGGCCGGCAACGGCGGCACUGUAACAACAACACCUCUACACCAACUCGGAACAUGAAAACAACAAAUCCACACACAUGAAGCAUACGCAUGAUGAAAGGUAGACGGGAUACCGCCAACCCCGCCUGCCCAUCAUUUUCAGAGUUUGGGAAAGCAUAUGAACAUCCCACACCAUCAAGCCCUCCGAUGGGGCAACGAGUGGGGUAAGCUGCUUCUGCUUCAUGCUCGGCAGUGGUGCUACUACUACUAUUCACUAUCGCUCCCCUGACUACGACAGGGGCCCAAGAGAGGCUCCUCUCCACAGCGCUGGGGAAGUAGGUGUAGAGGGUGCAAGCAGGGUUGACUCAUGAUGUGUACUUUUUAAGAGAGAAGCGAAAAAUCAUGGUUACGAAGUGUUUCUAUCAUUGCGAGGAAGGAGUCUAGGCUUGUGAAAUUAGUUGGGGCAUGGCAUCUGGAUACAUAUACGGUUACAGAUGUGGAAGCGUAUCUACACGCUUUUCGUGACGAAUUUACUUCUGUAUCACUUUC